AUGAACUCCAAUAAUGUUCAAUCGUCCGUACCCUCAAGCCAAGGCCUUGAAAUGUCGGAAAUGCUACAAUGUCUACACGAUAUGAUUCCAUACAUGUCGACGCGGCAAAUACAGGACACCACAAGAUGGCUGAUUGCUAUGUCUAGAGACGUACAACAGCCCUGCGGGACGCCUGCUGGGGAAUGGGAGGGCUCCACGAGCACAUUAGAUGUACCCAUCCCUCAUUAUCUACCCCAUUCUACCACACCCGACAACAUCCAUCUUGCGACGGAGCCUGCCCCCAAUCCGUAUUUCGAUCCACUCAGCGAUCUCGCCGCACCGCCAGUGGAUGAGUAUGCGGCCGGCGACUUGUUUCAACAAAGCGUUGACGAGUGGGACCGGUUACCUGAGCCAAUAUACAGUAGUCACCACAGCCCAUUCAACUUAGUUGCAACAAAAGCGGCGGAUAGUGCUCAGGUCAACCUGUACCAGUCGGAUUGGGCAUCCGUAAACGAAAAGAAUACAAUGGUGCCUGCACCAGAACUCUUUUGCCCUUAUACGGAGGCCUUGUUCUCUGAAGGUUCCUCAGGAAACCAAAGCCAUAGUUCCAUUACGGAGCCAUUUCGACCGCUGGCUGUACCUCGCUAUGUCGAGACGGGCGAAGGCUCCUCGCAGUCGUGCAACAUGUUUUCCUCAUACAGAGAGGCGGAACAUAAACACACUAACAGAUCCAUUGAACCGGAUCGCAACCUUGCCUCCGGGUCCCUUACGGGCCCCGUCGAGGCAAUGUACGGCCGUGACCAGACUAUCAAUGGAGGAUGGGAGUGCCGCAUGCGCCUCGGAGACGCCGCAGAGGUGCAGAGAAGUGGAUCGGACGAAGAACCCAGAGGCGAUGCGGGCGCAGGACAGGACACGCCCUCAGAGCUAGCCAUGCAGGAGUACGCUGGCGGGCGUGUACCGACGAGCAGGGGGAGCCGCGCAACCGACUACCCACGUUAUAAGAGUGCUGUGAAUCCAGCAUAUUCCAUGACGAGGGUGCCAAACAGCCUGCGGAGUGGGGAUGUCAAACCACAGGCUGUGGUAAUGGAGGGCGGCCGCCGGUGGACGGCAUUGUUGGAGGGGGGGAAGGGGCGUCGAGUUCCGGCGCAUCGUCGUCCGGAACGACGAGGGAACGAGUAUUCGAAAAGUGAGAUUUGA